AUGGCUGAAGUCAAACAGACGACUGCCGUUGCGGUCGAUGAUCGUCGCUACGAUCGCGAUACCGAUAACUCAGCGACUGAGUACGAAGAGAGCGAAAAGAGCGGCAAGUCCUGGAAGAGCUAUGUCUGGGAUACUUGGGAGUUGCCCAAGGAGCAGCGAUGGCUUCUUUUCAAGGUUGACGCUUUUGUCUUGACAUUUGCUUCCAUUGGGUACUUCCUCAAAAACAUCGAUCAAACAAACGUCAACAAUGCGUUUCUGAGUGGAAUGAAGGAAGAGUUAAACAUGUAUGGCAAUGAGCUCGUUACCAGCACAUCCAUCUGGACUGUGGGCUAUGUCGUCGGUCAGAUCCCUUCGAACUUGCUUCUUACUCGAGUAUCGCCGCGCUGGGUUAUCCCAUCUCUUGAAGUUGGUUGGGGUAUUGCAACUAUCUGUACUUCAGCUGUGCACUCUUACAAGGCUUUGUACGCUCUGAGGUUCCUCGUUGGUCUUUUCGAAUCCGGCUUCUACCCUGGUAUUCACUAUAUGCUCGGCUCUUGGUACACCCCUCGCGAAAUCGGAAAGCGCGCUAUGAUCUUCUGGCUGGCUGGUAGCAUUGGUAACAUGUUCAGUGGCUUCCUCCAGGCAGCUGCUUACACAAACUUGAAUGGUGUCCAUGGCCAUGCAGGCUGGCGCUGGCUCUUCAUCAUCGACGGCAUCAUCACCCUUCCACUCGCAGUUGCGGGCUACUUCUUCUUCCCCAACCUUCCUCAAGAUGGAGUCAAGACUUGGUGGACUACAGAAAGGGAGCACGAGAUCUCGAUUGAACGAAUGAAGGCCAUCGGUCGAGCUGGAAAGGAGAAGUGGACAAAGGCCAAGCUCAAGUCCAUUCUCCUAAGUUGGCACACAUACUUCCUUCCUAUGAUUUACGUUCUCUGGAACAACGCGUACCCUCAGCCCGCCAUGGGAUACUGGCUCAAGAGCUUCAACGCCGAUCCUCCUCCCGUACCCGGCACCUCGUAUUCCGUCGCUCAGAUCAACAAUUUGCCUUUACCGUCGACCGCAAUCUUUAUUGUCAUGGCUCUAUUCUGGGGCUGGCUUUCCGAUGGACCCCUGAAGGGUCUCCGAUGGCCUUUCAUCUAUGCCGGCGCCAUUAUCGCUAUGGCUUUCAAUAUCGCUCUUCUCAAGAUGCCUCUUUACGGAAACAACAGAGACCGAACUCUUGUUUACUGGUUUGCCAAUAUCGGCAACGGUGCGGGUCCCCUAAUUCUCAGCUGGAUCAACGAGAUCUGCUCCGCCGAUACCGAAAAGCGAGCCUUACUAGUAGCUGCGGCUAACGACUUCGCCUAUGUGGUCCAAGCCGUGGCUCCCAACUUUGUUUGGAAGACUACCGAUUUCCCCAGGGCUGCAAAGGGCUAUACAUGGUCUACCGUGCUCAACGCUUUACUGAUCGUCUGGACUGCCGUUGUUCAGCUACUUCUGGCCUGGGAUAGGAAGCGGCAAGCCAAGGCUCGGGAAGUCAUAUCAGAAGAUUCCGAGGCCAAUUCUCAAGAGGAAUCACACGAUGGUAGGGAAACUUCGGUUUAUCCGGCGGAAAAGAAAACGGAUCUUAGCUAG